CUCGACAAGAUGAGGUGUUUCUCCCAACUCUCAGUGUCCCUCCUUGCUCAGUGUGGUGAGUCAAUGCCAAACGAGGCAAAGAGAGUGUUCUUCCCUCAUUUUCUGUGGCUGCUGCGGGACGUGAGUCUCAAGAUGACUGACAGGGAAGGUAAGGAGCUGGCGCCAACCGAGUUUCUUCACACCCGGGUCCUUGCAUCUGAAUCAGGAGAGCUCACAGACUUGGGCAAUUCUCUAGUCAGUCUUUUCCCCUCUCUGGAGUGCGCCACUCUCCCCAUACCGUCCACCAAGAGAGACAUCAUCCGUGGCAUAGUGGAGCAGCAAGACAAGCUCAAACCAGCCUUCAACGCAGCAGUCGAUGCUCUGAUCCAGCAAGUCCUCCAGAAAGUAGCUCCAAAGAAGGCCAUCGAUGGGACUACUACAGUGACUGGAAGGCUCUGGCUGCUCUAGCUAGUAGCUAUGUGGAGGCAGUCAACAGGCCAGGAGCUCUACCAGACCUGGACCAGGGCUGGCAGGCAGUGGUGAGGCUGGAGCUGAAGGAAGCCUCCUACAAGCUGGUGAGGGAGUACGAGAGGGAAAUGGAGGCGGCUUUGGAAGGCAACCUGCCAAUGGAAGAGAGAAAUCUUCUGAGAAUCCACAGACAGACACUGAACCGAAAAGAAGAAAGUCUCAAAGAAGAAAUUUUCCGCGUUAACCCUCUACACUCCAAGGAUGAGGAAGUCCGGCCAGUCCUUGGUGAGUUGGAACGGGAUAUUGUGCAAUGGAAAGAAUCUAGCAAUGGUGACGGAACGAGGACAGCAUCUGGAGGUGUUCUGUAUCAGUUUACGACACAAAACUUCAGGGCUUCAAAGGAGUGCUGCGAAAGGCUGUUUGACGAACUUGUAAAGAGCAGCAAGGUGCAAGAAAAAGUUGAAACGGCUCUAAAGGACGCGCUACCCCUCGAUGUCGCAAAGGAAGUGAGUGAAAUAACUGCAGAGUACAAAAUUAGAGCUGUAGGACCGGCUGCCAGUGAAAUUCUGGAGACGGGACUCUCUGAAUUGAACCAACUCUCUGACAUUUUGAAGAAGAUUCCUGGACAGCCACAAAAUGUAGAAGCGAAAGUUGGGAGUGAUAGGGUUAAAUUGCGUUGGGAACCUCCAGAACAGAAUCUAGAGGCAGUCGAGGAGUAUGUUGUGUACAAGAGAGUUAAGGGGGGAGAGUGGGAGGAGGCUGGGAGGACCGAAAAAACAAGGUUUAUUGCUAGAGGACUAAAA